CAUUUUUGACAUAGAUAUACAUUUGACAAAUUAUGCAUCGAGACAUUAAAUUCUCAGUUCUUCAGAGAUCAAAAGAAGAUGUGGAAAACUUUGCUGUUGUUACUAGUUGUCACAAGAUUAUCGGAGUUUUUGCAAUUUGCUCCUCAAGAUAUCUCUAAAGAACUACAAAAGUGGCGUGAGCAGAUCGUCAAAAUUUCUAAUACUCCCCCAAGCAAUCGAACUGAAACCUUAAAUAAGCAUUUGGACGGUUGUCUUAAGACGUUUUGCGAUACCAUAAAAGGUAUUGGUUUGGAUCCGAUAUUGCUUCCAAGGUAUAACAGUACGUUUAUCAAUAACACCGUUUAUGGGGUGAUUGAACUGACGGAAGCAAAACUUCGAGGACUUUCGUCACUUGUACGAAACGAAUACGUCAUAGUCAAGUUUGGCUAUCCUCUAAUUAAGAUACACGUGCCUUUGCGGUUCAAUAAAAUUUCGUACGAAGCCAACUAUUACGCAGAGCUGCUUGGAUAUAGCACGGAGAGUUUACUCGUCGCGGAGGUGAACAGCUUUUCGUUCUGUUUUGAUGUGAUCAUCAACGUGAGGACUGUCUCCAUUCUUCGAGAGCAGUUCAAGAUUAGCACCCUUGGAAAGGUAGCGCUAAGUCUCGGAGGUAGAGUGUCUGGAAUAAUUGCAGACAUCUUGUUGAGCGUUAUUCAACCAGCAAUCGAACCAAUGAUUCGAAGUGCCAUCUGCCAGGAAAUCAAUAACAUGUUGGACUUUGUUGUCGACUUAAUUGGUUUCGCCGAAGCAAACCCAGAUAUAUCCAAGAUGAAUGUGCACGAGAUGCGCGCGAAAGACAUCGUGGAUAGUGUCCGAAGUGGAGACGUGGCGCAGCAGGUACAAGUCGCGUCUAAGUUUCUCGAUCAAAAAAUUGACCUCAUACGUAAUGGAAUCAAUACAGUACACCUCGAUCCACUUUUCAUACAUCCAAAGGCAAAUCCAGACGCAAGGGUAAAGCUAUCAAAUAGUGUCUUAAUGGGGUUGACUUCACUUGCGCGGAUGAGUGACGUUAUCAUUCAGUAUCAACGUCCAACUUUGAGAAUUGGUAUACCUGUUGGAUUUAAAAACCUUUCGUUUAACACGGACUACGAGUUUAUGAUGCUGGGCACAGUAUCAGCAGGGAAUAUGGACGCCUACGUGCGAGGGUGUAUCUUCCAAUUGGACCUACAGAUUAACACUGCUUUUGUGAGGUUAAAGGUGGACAACUUUCGCAUCUUAUCUCUAGGGCAGCUGUCUGUGUGGCUCGGGGGUAGCGCUGUUGGAAUCACGACGAGUUUCCUUGUCAAGACCCUUCAACCAUUUUGGGAACCUGUGGUGUAUCUAACUGUGGAACAGGUAGUCUUCGAUCAACUCCAACAAGCCGUUGUUUCGUUUAAUAAUGUUACAUGUGUGAUUUUAGAUAACUGCCAUGUUCAAGUUAGAGAUGUGUAUUAA